AAAAUGGAAGCAUGCUGCAACGUGUGAGGUCACUAAUGGCUCUCUCUCAGCCUCUGGAGUCUUUCUUUUCUCCUCCAGAGGGAGUGAGAGGAUUAAAAGAGCUAGACAAGUCUUUAUUUCACAAGAAAGUGACGCUGCCUGUUGUUAGGGUCCCUGCUGAAAAGACAUCAGCUUUUAGAAAGAACUUUAGCAAAGAAAUGCUGAAAACCCCAGAAAUAAAAACAAUCCAAGCAGUACCUGCAUCAGAGAGUGAAAAAUUGCUCCUUCUCUCUCCUUCCCAGUCUCUAACAGAGACUCAGGAAGACUGGAUAGUUCAAAAUGGCGGGACAUUAACUGCACACGAAACGAGUAUUGAGUAUAGGGACUAUCCCAUUAAAUCAAUACUAAAGUCAAUACUCCCUCUUAACGAGGACCCCCCAUUGGCUUAUGAGAUCAUUGGACAUAUAGCACACUAUAACUUGAAAGAGCAUCAUCUACCAUAUAAGAAUAUCAUUGGUGAGGUCCUGUUAAGCAAGCAGUCUGGCAUUAAGACUGUGGUCAAUAAAACUGAUCGAAUUGACGAGACCUUCCGUACGUUUCACAUGGAGCUAAUGGCCGGGGAGGACAACACCGUUACCACAGUAUCGGAAAAUGGCUGUCGAUUUAAAUUUGAUUUUGCUAAAGUGUACUGGAACUCAAGACUAGGGACAGAGCAUGGGAGGGUCAUAAAUCAACUCAAACCUAAGGAUAUAGCGCUGGACAUGUUUGCAGGAGUGGGACCAUUCUCAAUACCGGCAGCAAAAAAAGGAGUCACAGUAUUUGCCAAUGACCUCAACCCUCAUUCCUACUCUGCACUGGUUGAUAAUUCAAAGAGGAACAGUGUCGGGAUCAAGUGUUAUAAUCUUGAUGGUAGAGAGUUCAUUGAUGAGACAAGAGAGAAAGUGCAGGGUCUAUUGGUAUCAGAACCUUCGGCUAGACUUCAUGUAAUAAUGAACUUACCAGCCAUUGCAUAUCAGUUCUUGAACUGUUUUAGAGGAUAUUAUAAUAGCAUCGUGAAAGAGGACAAUACUGAUUCUCACUCCUCCACAUCUCAGCCUAAUAAACUCCUUGCCUCUCCACCUCUAAUUCAUUGUUAUUUGUUUUCAAAAUCUGCAGAGCCCGAGAAAGACGUGCUCCAGAUUGUGGAGGAUGAGUUAGGGUGUGGUCUCUCGUCGUUUGAGUGUCAUUUUGUACGUAAAGCUGCUCCAAACAAAGCAAUGAUGAGACUAACGUUUCCUUAUCCAGAAUCACUUCUGUUAACUAGAGGAGAAAAACGUUCUAUCCAAGAGGUUGGUGGUACUGAGAAUGGAGAUCAAGUAGGCUCCAUUGCCAAGAGAAAUUGUUUGGCCGAUCAAUAAAGUAGACCAACCUGUCAUUGUCUUACACUUUAUGUCCUGACUACCACUACUCAUCUUCAAUGAUUUAUUUUGACUAGUAUUACAUAUUGGACACAUAUUAAUGUCUCCUUCUAUCCCUCUCUCUCUCUCUCUUAUUAUUUCUUUUAUUCCUCUCUCAUUCUUUCGUUUCUAUUCUUAAAAUAAUGUUUUCAUAUGCUUGUUUUGUAUAGGACUGUUUAUAAGUAGCAUCAUUAAAA